GCUUUGCUAGAUCCAGCCGGGGUGUGAGGAUUUGGCUCAGAGACUAACCUGCCAAAUUACCAACUUAACCCUGCUCUUGUAAUUCUACCGCGCCUCGGUUCACCGUUCACACGCGGUCGCAGGCAUUUGCGUAUGAGUACACUUAACAGAGUCACAUGCCGAAGACUAGAAGAGCCAAUCCACAAAUAUCUAUUUUCGUUUCCCCUUGCUUCUCUCUCUAUCCCUACUUCGCCUCUGUUUCAUUUGGCCAGUUGUUCUUUGAACCCCCGCUGUUCAUACUCGUUUUCUAAUCUGUAAUCCAUUGAUUCUCAGUGUUUCAUUAUCUUCGUAUCGGGCAUUUCUGAGUCAGAUCAUAGUUUUGCCUUUUAAAUUUUCCAUGCUUUCAGGUUUUACUGUACAAAUCUACUUCUGAGUAUUGCUUGAUUCAGAGCCCUGGGAACUUCGGCCAAUUCUUUUUAUUGAGUGUCGUGCUAGUGAUGCCUAUCAAAUCGCUCUCAUUCCUUGCUUUGAUGCCCAACCAUCUCAUUCCUUUUGUUCAUACAUGUCUGGUUAAAUUGAAAGCUACAAGGUUCAUUGUGUGCGUUUUAAUGGCAGAGAUACUUAUUUGCACGGUCACAUCUUUACUAGGGGUUUUAAGAUCAUGGGUAGAGGUAGAGGAAAGAGUAAAAAGUUAACUGUGACCAGUCAUGAGGAUCCUGGAAGCGGUGAAGAUGAUAAAGUUUCCACACAGAAGAGAAGGGGAAGACCACAAAAACCACUGAAGGAUGACUUAGAUGAAGAAGAUGUUGAAAAAAUAGAGGAAGGUGAAACUGAUAAUAUUAAGAAUGGAGCCGCUAACAAGGAGAUGAAAAGUCCCACUGCAACAGAACAUGGAAAGAAGAGGAAGCGAAAUUCACUGGUGAAAGAGAAAUUAGGGUCAGUUGAGGAGGAAAAAAGUAAUGGAAACCGAUCAAGCACUGAUGAUCAGACAAAGGUUGAUGGACUUAGGCAGAAUGGAAGCAGGCGUAAAAGCAAGCCUCGUCGAGCUGCUGAAGCAGGUGUGCAGUGCAAGUAAUCAAAUGGCAGGCUGAGCAGUAUCUUUCAUCCUUCUCAUUUUACCAGAUCACUUACGGAUAGGAAUUGAGAACUAGUAAUCCUAUUUCUUUAUUUAAUUUUGUAUUUGAUUUUCCCAUGUCUUCACUUUUUUGCAGCAAUGGGUUUCCAUUUGGUUCCCUCUCAUUAAUUCCCUUUUGAUUUUGAGGAUUUGAAUUUAAAUUCAAGUUGUUUUCCUCUUGCAUCUUUAAUUUAUAUUUCCUACAUUACA